GGAGUGUUCGUUGCGGAGUGCGGAUUGUUCGAAAUGCCAUCGGAUUGAAAGACUGUGAGGGUCGGUUUCUCGCCACCACCACCAUCGCUUUACCACCGUCUGGCUUGGAGUGCCCUGAGAAGAAGUUGAAGAGCAAGUGGUCGAAGAAGAUGAACAAGCAGAAGUGCUCGAGUGGAUUUUCCGUGGUGUGAGCGAGAGAGUGUAUGUCAAAGAAUCGUGCCGUUUCCUUCCACCAUCCGGAAGUUCGCUUCGGUAGGAGAGCUUUUUCGCUGACAUGGUCCUGAGUGCAACUCUGCGCGUUGGGUGGCGUUUUCGGAUGGAUAGAUGCUGCACCAUGAAGUGAGAGUUGAAGCGCUUCAAGAUGUGUGCCAAUAAGAAGAAAAUUGUCUAAGGAGAAGCCUCGACCGAAAAGGAAAAGUGAAAACACGGUUAAAGCGCCAAAAUUUGGCCGUCUGUGAACUGCGGCUUUCAAACCGGUAGAUACAAGUAGGAGAAAGUGCAUUCACGUUAGUAGCGGAAUGGUCAUGCAUUGAAAAAAUUUACAUAAGUCUCAGUGUUUUGUGAAUGAAAAAUUGCAUCCCAUGCAAUCCUUUGCAGUUUGCAACGCGAGGAACAACGCAAGAAAUUGACGAAAGUUGAAGUUAAGUUUUUCCACCUGCUGCCAGCCGAAAUAACUACUGUUUCUCACGCAUGCAACAUUAUUACUGACCUAUCGAAAAUACUGGGAUUAAAUAAUUUUCAAACGAAAUGUAAAAUUUUGCUAGGAUUGAAUUGUGGCAAUUUUGUUUUCUGUCGUGAGAAAAUGUGACCAGUGGGUUGCAUUCAGAUGCGAAAAUGAAGGCUGAUCAAUAACAAGAAUGUGAGUGAAUGAGUGAGAAGCGAUAAGCGAGGAAUUAGUUGCCCAACAUCGGUGUAUUGCGAAUUUUCCCACUUGCAGCACAGAACGUGGUCCAGUGCAUUCCAGACAAAUCGGUGAGCGGCAGCAGCGAGACAGGAUAAUCAAUCGCAGGGCAAAUAUUAAUUAUUGAUUGGACAUCAAUCACUCGGGCAACGUAAUAAAAAGAGGAAAACAACUAAUAAUUGUGCAUAGUGGUGCAGUGCGGCUUGAAGAAACGGAAGAAUGUGAGUUUGAUCUUUGACGUGCGUGAAUAAAUCGAAAGAUACGGAAGGCUAUCAAUCAUUUGUAGCAAAACAGGUUAUAAACUGGAGUCAGCAGCAUGAGAGCUCGGAAAAUUCGGAUAAACGACACGAUGGUUGUGAUGGUGCUGAUACUGAUAAUGUGGACUAAUUUAGAUUUUGCGAGUGCAUUCGACUCACACCUACGGGGGCCUUCAUUCGUGAUGGAACCUCCUCCGCGGCUCGAAUUUUCCAAUUCGUCCGGCGGUUGGCUGGACUGCUCUGCCUCAGGGAGUCCACAGCCUACCAUCGAUUGGCUGUCGGUAGAUGGUACGUCCGUUGGCGACGUCGGCGGGGUGCGGCGAGUACUACGAAACGGAACUCUGGUCCUGUUGCCAUUUCCUGCCGCGGCCUACCGACAGGACAUUCACAGUACAAUCUAUCGAUGCGUAGCGUCGAACACCGUUGGACGGGUCAUCUCCCGGGAUGUGCAAGUGCGAGCAGUCGUUGCUCAAGCGUACAAAGUCGACGUGGAAGUCCUGGCAGCAUCCCGAGGCUGUACCGCGAUUCUGCGUUGUGUAGUGCCUAAUUUUGUUAAGGAGCUAGUACGGGUGGUCUCCUGGGUACAGGAACCUGCUUUCUAUAUAUAUCCCUCGCUGCAGGGCGAUGGAAAGUAUCACCUACUCCCAACGGGCGAGCUUCUAAUCCACAAUCUAGAGUAUAACGAUCGGUACCCCUCGUACCGGUGUCGAACGAUGCAUAAACUGACCCGGCAGGUCGUCACCAGUAGUUCGGCGAAAAUUCGAAUGAGCGAGCAACGAGGCAUCGUAUCUCCAAGCGUAGUGGAGCACACGUCUCACGUAUCUGUAUCGCAGGACGAAGGUGCUGUUCUUCUUUGUGUGGCGCAAGGUUGUCCAUCGCCUGAAUAUCGAUGGUACACCCACAAUGGACCGGAACCGAUUCCCGUUUCGUCCGGGCCGCGGAUACGACUGCUCGGUCCGGUGCUCGCCAUCGAGGCAGUAACGAGCGAGGACGGCGGCGUGUACAAAUGUUCCGCCUCCAAUGCCGGCGGGGAAGCGAGUGCCGAUCUACGGUUAACUGUUUCCACGCCUAUUCAUGUUGAGAUAUCUCCAAACGUACUAAGUGUUCACAUGGGAGGGACAGCCGAGCUCCGGUGUCUAGUAACGACAAAUGGUAUGACUGCGGGGCCACAACAUAUCACCUGGUUCAAAGACGGGCGCCAAUUACCCAGUUCCGGCCGAGUUGGCGACACACUCCAAGUGACCGGUGUGACCCGAGAGGACAAGGGCAUGUAUCAAUGCGUGGUGCGACGUCAAGAAGGAGAUUCCUUUCAGGCGUCUGCCGAAUUACAACUGGGUGACGCGCCUCCAUCACUGGUGUACAGCUUCAUCGAACAAACACUGCAACCGGGGCCGGCCGUGUCACUCAAAUGUUCCGCCCAAGGUAAUCCGACGCCACAAAUCUCUUGGACGCUGGACGGGUUCCCACUGCCUACCAAUGGAAGAUUCAUGAUCGGCCAAUAUGUUACAGUUCACGGUGAUGUGAUAUCCCACGUCAAUAUUAGCCAUGUUAUGGUGGAAGAUGGUGGAGAAUAUUCGUGUAUUGCAGAAAACCGAGCUGGUAAAACGUCACAUUCUGCACGCUUGAAUAUCUAUGGUCUUCCUUACAUCCGGUUGAUUCCUAAAGUGACUGCAGUGGCAGGACAAACACUAUAUCUAAAAUGUCCAGUUGCUGGGUAUCCUAUCGAGGAAAUUCACUGGGAACGCGGGGGUCGCGAGCUCCCGGAUGACAUGCGGCAAAAGGUACAAUCCGAUGGCACGCUGGAAAUCAAGGAAGUGCAGAAAUCGAUGGAUUCAGGGGUGUACACCUGCUGGGCACGCAACAAGCAGGGACACAGCGCCCGCCGGAGUGGCGAAGUCACAGUGAUAGUUCCUCCCAAUAUCGAGCCAUUCUCCUUCCAAGAUGGCCUGGCCGAGGGUAUGCGAACGCGAACGGUGUGCGGCGUAUCCAAGGGCGACCCGCCGUUAUCUCUCAAGUGGCUCAAGGAUGGCGAACCGUUGUCCUCACUGCUCGGGGCCAACGUGUCCACUCUCGAUCAUUACUCGUCCCUCCUCAAUAUUCCCUCCCUCUCAGCGGCACACUCCGGCGAUUACACGUGCGUUGCCAGCAAUCCAGCAGCCGAGGUGAAGUUCACUGCGUCGUUACAGGUAAAAGUUCCGCCUCGUUGGAUUGUUGAACCGACCGACGUGAGUGUGGAGAGAAACCGCCACAUUACGCUACACUGCCAGGCCCAGGGAGUUCCUAUUCCCACUAUCCAGUGGAAGAAAGCAACAGGAAGUAAAUCGGGAGAUUACGAAGAGGUUCGGGAACGAGCGUACACGAAAUUACUGACAAACGGAUCUCUUCUGCUGCAGCAUGUGAAGGAAGAUCGGGAAGGAUUUUACCUCUGCCAGGCUCACAACGGAAUUGGAACAGGGAUAGGGAAAGUUAUUCAAUUGAAAGUCAACUCUUCACCUUACUUUUCCGGUCAGUCUAAGAUGGUAACUGUGAAAAAGGGAGACACCGCUAUCAUGCAGUGUGAGGUUAAGGGUGACAAACCAAUCAAUGUUGUUUGGUUACGCAACGGCAAACAUGAGCUAAACCCUUCAACCAACUAUCGGGUGUCUAUCAAACAGGACGCUACACCCGAAGGUAUUCACGCUGAAGUGCAGAUAUCGAGCGUAGAGAGCAGUGACAGUGGUGCCUACUUCUGCCAGGCUAGCAAUUUGUACGGUCGAGAUCAACAACUAGUUCAACUGCAGGUUCAAGAACCACCACAGCCUCCCUCGUCACUUGAAGCCUCUAUGAUUGCUAGCCGGGCCGUUAAUCUCAAAUGGCAACCACGAGGUGGUGAUGCUGCCGAAGUAUCCAAGUACAUUGUAGAAUACAGGGAAAUCGACCGACAAUGGAUGUAUAUGGAAAUUGCGGACCCACCACAAUACUCAGCGAUGAUUGAGAACCUGAAACCAGCCACAAACUAUAUGUUCAGAGUGAUCGCUGAGGGUCCUGCCGGACGAAGCUCACCAAGCCAGGAACUAUUCAUCAAAACAGAGCCACAGCGACCAGCUGGGUCACCGCUAAACUUAUCGGUCCGGCCGAUCUCAUCUACCGAAAUACUGAUCAAUUGGAUGCCUCCAACAUUCGAGCUCAGACAUGGUGAAAUACAAGGCUAUAACAUAGGAUACCGCUCGAUGCACACAAACACGAACAGUUACAAUUUUACCUCCGUAUCAGGUGAUGGUGAAGACGGCACCGGAGAACUUUUGCUUGGAAACCUCGCAAAGUACACCCGAUAUACCAUAGUUGCUCAAGCAUUCAAUCAGGUAGGACCUGGUCCACUUUCGGAACCAGUUACAGCCCAAACCAUGGAGGACGUACCCAGUAAACCACCGGAAGAUAUCCGUUGCGCAGCACUUACCUCAACAUCAAUCCAGGUAUCGUGGCAACCACCACAAGCUCACCAUACCAACGGACUUCUCCAGGGCUACAAAGUGUACUAUGAAUCCGCUUCGGAAGACUCCAUCAGCAACGGUGAUAUGGAAACCAGAAAGACCACUGCGCUAACAAUUAUAUUAACAAGUCUGCGGAAAUUCUCCAACUACAGCGUUCAGGUUCUAGCGUACACACGUAUGGGAGAUGGAGCCAUUUCACCACCCACUUUUUGUCACACCGAAGAAGACGCCCCGGAAGCGCCAUCCGACAUUAAAAUAGCCAUCAGUUCGCCGUCCUCCCUGUACGUAUCAUGGCUAGCUCCGAGCGAACCGAACGGAAUAAUUACAAAAUAUAAUCUGUACAUGAGAGCUGUCAAUGGGCGCGAAGAGCUUAGCAACGACAAACGAAACCUUCUGCCCCAUCAGCACUAUUUCGAAGCAAAGCAGUUGCAAAGUCACACCGAGUAUCAGUUCUGGGUGUCGGCAUCGACUCGUGUUGGUGAGGGCAAAAGCACUAGGGUCGUAUCUCAGAUGACAUCUAAUCGCGUUCCGGCAAAGAUAGUCUCGUUUGGAGGCUUAACAAUCCGUCCAUGGAAAACGUCGGCUUCGCUUAACUGCAUGGCCGUUGGACAGCCGCGUCGGGAGUGGUUCAAGGGCGACAUACUGCUACGCUCCGGAUCACAUCACAACGUUCAGAUACUCGACUCCGGGGAAAUCAUCAUAACCAUGCUACAAACGACGGACACCGGAAACUACACUUGCCAGGUCGACAACGGUAUUGGGACUGAUCGAUUAACGCACAAUCUAUUAGUUCAAGUUCCUCCAGGACCACCGGUCCUGUACGUAACCAGUGCUACCUCCAGCAGCAUACUGCUUCACUGGAAAAUUGGUUCUACGGGCAAUGCACCAAUUACUGCGUUCUCACUGCACUACCGACGCGUUCACGGAAAUUUGGAAGAAAUGCAACUUUCUCGGCAUGCAUCCAGCCACGAACUGAAAGGAUUGUUCUGCGGUAGUACCUACCAGGUGUAUCUGGUUGCACACAACAAGAUAGGUUCUUCACCGGCUAGUACUACGCUGAAUGUUAAGACUCAGGGACAACCACCUGGGACUCCACCACCGUCGGUACUGAUAGCACCGAACUCUACCUCCGUAGUUCUGCGACUAAACGGUUGGCCCGACAACGGCUGCCCUAUCCUGUACUUCGUUCUACAGUAUCGCUCCAUUUCGAACAAUCUGGACGACGAAUGGCACCUGGUUUCGAAUGCCCUAAAACCACAACGCCGGUUUACCCUGUCGGGACUUCUGCCGACUACGCUCUACCAGCUGAAGAUGGAAGCGCACAAUGUGGCUGGAUCAACCAAUGCCGAGUACACAUUCGUGACGUUAACGAAAGAUGGAGACCCACCACCGCCAGAUUUAGUACAAAGAGGACAUCGUUCUCAAGUUUUCUACAACAACAUUCAGCUGCUAAUACCGAUAAUCAUUACCAUCACUGCAACCCUCAUCUGCAUUGCGUUCACGGUAGUUUGCUACAAAUAUCGUGAGUAUAUUGUACUGUUCUGUUUUGGUAUCGGCUCUGAGCCGCCUCGUUACUUCCCAGGCCAACGUGGUCGUGAACGGAAGGAUACGAUGGACGGCAACCAGCAGAGCGCGGAUGCCCAACGAGACAGGUAUUACGCUACCAUUCAUAAAGUGGCACUGCAAGCGGGUGAUAAGAUUCCAGAAACCUCCGAAGAUAUUUCACCGUACGCUACGUUCCAACUAUCGGAAGCAAGCACCUUGGCCCAACCACAUCACAGCGGACCAACCAACACAUUGUUGCACUCCUUCAUGUACCAUGAACGCGCCAUGACCGAGGGAUGCGCAUCGCCACCCCCUGCAGCGGUAUUGAGACAACUUCAUAAUCAGUCGCCUUACUAUAAUAUCAAUUCAUCGAAAGGUCGGCGAAGGCAUUCGCGUAAAACGGAACCGGAAAGUGAGGAAUCAGAUUCCGAUCAAGAUCAGCUGACUUCCAGCCGAACAGAAUCGUCGAAUCAACUCGACGCCAAGAUCAAGCAUAGUAAGGAUGACCUGCUUCAGCCAACUGCCUGUGAGGAUGACGACCUCGCCUAUAACCAGCAUUUCAUGCGUUCCAUUCCAGGUCUCAUCUAUCACGGUACGCAGUCGAGCACUUCGUCCGACCUAUCACCGAUGUCUGAACAAAAAUCACUACCUCGUCGUGGCAGAUCAAGGGGAACAAUGAGAUCCUUACUUACACCACUACAUUUACCCGACAAUACACCGGGAGGCGGUGGUGGUCCGCUGUUCCAUCAGGUGCCGAUCGAGAGCGGUACGCCGGACCGGCUGGAGCUGUCGGAGGCCGAGUGUGACAUCGACACGAUCAAGAAACUGAAACUGGGUAUGCGUUCGUCGCUGUGGUCCCGACCGCAACAGAGCAAUAGUGCAGCCAACGCCGGCAGCGGCGUAGGAGGGGCUGUCCCAGGCGGGGGCCGUGGCGGCGGUGGCACUGGAGCUGGAGGUGGACCUGGCGGCGGGGGUAACGUUGGUCCCGGUCAAGUUCCAGGGGGACACCCGUCGGACUAUUCAAUCGCGGUAUAAAGUUAAUGAUCCGGUGUUUAUUUCGCAAAACAGGUGGAUUUUUUCAAGGUCGUAUAGUAGUAGAGACUAAUCCUUUUUGAGAUAUGUUUAUCUGGGUAAUUUAAUGGUGAACAGGGUACUGUUCAUUGUGACACUGGGUGACAGACAGUGGUUACGAAUUUUCGCUUGCCAUACCAUUCAAGACAAAACCAACUGAAAUUGAUUCGUAUUCAUAACAGGCACUGAGCUUACCAAAGUAGUUUAUUUCAUAAUACCUUGGAUCGGGCUAGUCAUAUGGUCUAAACUGGCAGGUCUAAAACGUCAUUAAAAUCAUUCAACAGUUUCAUUUUUUAUUUGUCAUCACAAUGGUUUUCAUCAUUUUCAAUUUAUACUAUUUUUUCGCCUAAUUAAUAUCGUGUUUUGCAAAUUCAUGGAAUUAUAAUAUUCUUUUUAUAUUCUCAAUAUGUUCUUUAAAAAUAUUUUUUUAUCGUAAAUUAGUCCCAAGUACUUAACCUUAAGGUUUUAAGAAAAAUUAUCAGUUGAAUUGGGGAAAAUUUUCCCAUUUUUGCAAACGGGAAGAGAGAAUAACUAAAAUUUUCGGAAGCCGUCUGCUAAUGACAAGAAGACUUUUUCCUUUUACGGAAAUGCUUGUGUCAUCGCAGAACAGUGACUCUAUGCAUCUUGGACGUGAAUCAUGAAGAUCUGGAGUAAUAUGUUGUACAGAACUGGACCCCAACUUUGAGGCACACCUGCUCUGACAGGAGAUCUAUCAGAUUUUGAAUUCUAGUAGUCAACCUGUAGAGUUCGAUCAGUUAGAUAAUUUUUUAAAAUUUUGAUUAGAAAAAUUAGGAAAUUGCGAAUGCUUUUUCUAUGUCUAAAAGAGCAGCUCCAGUGGAAUAACCUUCAGAUUUGUUAGCUCGUAUCAUAUUAGUAACUCUGAGCAAUUGAUGAGUGGUGGAAUGCCCAUGGUGAAAUCCAAACUGUUCAAUUGCAAAAAUUGAAUUUUAAUUGAUGUGUGACAUCAUCCUGUCAAGAAUAUUUCUCUCAAACAGUUUACUUAUUGAAGAAAUCAAACUGAUUGGUCGAUAACUUGAACCUUCAGCUGGAUUCUUAUCCGGCUUUAAAAUUGGAAUAUUUUUCGCAUUUUUCCAUAAUUUGGGAAAAUAUGCAAUUUUAAAACAGCUAUUGAAAAAGUUUACUAAAAAUUCCAUUGCGCUCUCAGGAAGAUGUUUGAUGAUUAUGUUAAAGAUUCCAUCAUAAGCAGGUGCUUUCAUAAUUUUGAAAUUUUCAAUAGGGUAUCGAAUGUCGUCAGGUUUUUAUAAGAUUACUGCAGAUAACCUACCGAAGCAAACCACUGACGAAAACGUGCGUUACUCAAAUUGAAUUAAUCUCAUUCAAGUUAGUUUCAAUCAUUUCUGCAGGCAAAAAAAAUCCUGGGAAAAAAUUAGGUUAUGUUGACGAGUAACUUUGGGCUAACAAAAUUCAAAUUUGAAUUAUGAACACCUUUGAGCCUUUUGUUCAUUGGAUACAAGAACAUGUUCACCAUCUUUUAUAACUGGAACAGGCUUUGAAGGUUUCUUGAGAAUCUUCGACAGCUUCCAAAAUGCUUUUAAAUGUGGUUUCAAUUUUUCAACUUACGCCUCAAAAUUUUUUUGGAUUUCUCAGAAGAGUAAAUCUAUGUUCAAUAUCUUUCUGUAAAUCUUUAUGAAUAGUUUUGAAAACAGGGUCAUGAGAACGUUGGUAUUGACGUCUGCGAACAUUUUUCAAACGAAUUGGAUGUUGGAAAUUUUCUUCAUUUAUUGGUGAAUCAAAUUGCACUUGAGCCUUAGGAACAGAAUCAUUCCUGGCAUUAAUAAUUGCACAUUUUUUGAUGCUUUCAAAGCGGAAUCAAUAUUCACAUCGCUUUGCCAAUCUAGUUCUAUAUUGAAAUUAUUUUCAAUAUGAGUUUUAUAUUAUUCCCAAUCAGCUUUGUGAUGAUUUAAAACAGAGCUCAUAGGGUGUAAAACUGAUUCAUGAGAUAUGGAAAAAUUUUGAACGAUUUCUGGUUUGCAAAUCACCUUCAAAACAAUUCUCGCGUAACUUUUUGAAAGGACCUAGGUAACAAAGAGCGUUUCUUUCCUCUCUCACUCUGUUUCCGUAGUUACAGUGUCAUCAUAAAAGCUUUCAACAAUGUCUUGUUGAAAUGUUGAGAAUUCUUGUCCUCGCGUGUGCUUCGGAAUAGUAAAUAUGUAGCGGCAAUAAAUAAAAUCCCAAGUUUUGUGUGAACUUCAUUUACCAAAGUUUAAAUAACUUUCGUCUCACGUUCCUCACCUUGAUGAUAUUUGAUUUGGCGAUGGAUUACAAUUCCACCUCUACCACAGAACCCUGAAUUCUGACAUAUCUAUGAACCAUGUAAUUGGGAUCAUAUUUUAAUUUGAUAAGUGGUUUAAGGAAAGUUUCAGUAAUAAUUGCAAUGAACACAUUAUUGACAGUUCAAAAAUUAAAAAGCUCAUUAUCAUUGGCUUUUGAUGAGCAAGCAUUCCAAUCUGAAAUUUUGAAUAAUUCCUUCUAAUCACUGUUGAAUUUUAAAUUUGAAGCGAUGUUAAGGGUAAAAUUUGUUCCAAUUUGAAUUUCUUCAAACUUGGAAUUUACCUGCAACAUGGCGUUCAUAAGAUCGAACAUUGCCGGUUGCAGAAAAGAAAGUUUACCUGCCGUAACGGGUCUCAGGAAGUUGAUAUUAGACAAUAAAUUCUCGAUAGUAAUGCUAGCUAAGUUGACCAAUUUUUGUUUGGCGCUGUUUUUGUCUACCCACAUUAACGGUCAUUUUCGAGCUACCAGGAUAUUCGAGCUACCUACAACGUUUGCAUAUUAUAGGCGGUCCUGUGCAGGAGUAGAAAAAUUGGGCGGUACAAUUGGUAUAAUUGGAGGGUUAGCAAUAGGUUUUGAAGUUUGUUUUGAUUGGGAAAAUCAAUUUUGUUCACUUUGCCUUGCCUUAAAAACAGCCUAACGGAAUGGACAUUUGUUGAAUUUUUACAUACGGUUGCCGUUACAAUUUGCACAGCGAAAAUUUUACUUUCUUCCACAAGGCAUGUGUCCUUUUUGUGAGAAGAGCCUCCACAGUAAAGGCCUUUUAUGUCCAUGUUACAUGUUGCCAUAGAUCUAGGCAAUGUCAUUGGCAAAUACGACAUUGAAUGAUAUGCUUUUCACCUCUGCCAAAUUUUCUAUAUAACUCUUACUCUAUACGCACAUUAUAGAUAGUAUGUGCUUUUUCAAAAAAAAAAAAAUAAUUUUUUAACCUCAGUGCGGUUAAAAUUAAUCGAAUAAUUAACCAGGAAAAUUCCAGUUCUCUGACUGUUUUCACCUCGUGAUUUUUGUUUCAUUAGAAUUACUUGGGUAGGGGCUUUGCCAAGUUAUUCUGUUAAAGUAAGUUUGAUCUCAUCAACGGUUUGAUCGUUACUGAGACCUUUCAAUACGACCUUGAACAGCUUAGCUUGGCACUCUUAGCGGCGUACGUAAGAAAAUUAUUAUCUUUUCAGUUAAAUACUGAACAUGAAUGAUUCAUAUUCCUCAAUGCUUAGACCAGUAAGCGCCAUUAGGCCAAAUUGAUAGGUAACUUUAACGUCGGAAACAGAGAGAGCUCCAUAGUUGUUUAUUAUGCAGUGGAUUAAAUCUUAAACCAUUAUUAAUUUCAGACAGAAGUUUUAAAUGAAAAAUAUAAACAAAAUUCAGUUUAUGCAAUCCGCCUGUUCGAAGUGGUCAUAGGGAUGCAGCAUUUUACCGCGGUAACAGCGGCCAAUUGACUUUCGGUGCACGUUUGAUGGAUGCAAUCCAGGCAUACCUUAAUUUGAAGGAAAUAAUACUAUAAACACUGUCCAUCUUACCUACCCUGGUGGUGGACCGGCUUACCCCACCAGUACACAAAAUUUUUAAAUUCUCAUAGUUUUUCAAUAACAAUAGACUUUACCCUAUCUCUUCACGUAUCGGUCAGGCAUGUUUUAAAUAACCGGAAAAUAUACCAACACCGAAAAAACGUGAAAAAUUGUGGGGAAAAAUCCUAUUUUCUGACACGCAAAAAUCACAUCCGCACACGAACUCGUAGCCUAUUUUCAAAACUUGUAAAUUUUUUGCAAAUUUGACAAAUGUAAACAUUAGAAGGGUGGUUCGAAAAUCAUCAACUAACUUGGUGAAAAGGUGGCCGGGUCAAUGUUGCAAAAAAAAAUCGCUAAGCGUCACAUGUCCGUCUUACCCCCAUUCCCCCUAAUUGUUAGAGCGUGAGGCGACUUUGACGUGAUUACUUUGAGAUUCAGAAAAAAGCAUCUGCACUAAAUAAGCAUAAGCAUAUGAAAACACUAAGAAAUAAAGAACCCAAAGAACACAAAGAAAUAAAGAACCCAGCAAACAAAUUGGUUCACAUAACUCGCGCUUAACUCUGUUAAGUGAACCCUUAUUUGGUUAAAAAUGACUAUAUAAGAUGUAUGUAAUGCGCCUAUGUGUACAAAUCUGAAGGCCAUAGACGUACAUUGUAAAAAAAAAUUGAUUACGAUCUUGUAUGCUAUCUUAAACGGUCUCAUUUGAAACUUUAAAUUGCGUUCUAUACAACUUAGAGCAGCGAUUCACAAUUUUUUUGUCCUUGUACCCCUAGGCGAUACCUUUCCUAUCGAUUGUACCCCCUGACUUGGAAUGAUUUCGCAGAGUGGGAUAGAGUAGUAAAAGAUCAUUUUCUGGUAAUCUAGUUCAGGUUUCAAAUUGAACUAUGGUUUGUUUGAUUGCAUGUUUAAGAGCAAGAUUGAACAACAAAUGGAGUAUUAAGAAGAAAAAUUAAUUUGGCCGCCAUUACUGAUUUUUCUUCCGCCCCCUUUCGUCCCCUGAAGGCUUUCGAGUACCCCCAGGGGAACGCCUACUACAGGUUGAGAACCGCUGACGCAUUUUACGCAUUUUACAAUUUUAUGACACGUUAAAUUGCUUCAUAUAUAACCUAAUAUUGCAUUUAAAAGAUUUCAAUUUUUUUACGAUAUAAACAAAUUUAUUGUUGCAUCUCAUGUAAUUUCAACUUUAUAUGCACAUUUGAGCGGCUUAGAAUUAACAUCCUUAUACAACUUCUGGUUUGCUGGGAAAUGUCUUUCAUAAAAAUUCGUAUGUGACCUUUCCCAAGCUGCAAAAUUUGUUACGAUUAUGAACUUUGUGCAUCACAGCAACAAAUUCUUAUGCGAAACUAAGUUGCAGCUCCAUUUCAGUUUCAUAUACAAUGUCAGAAAAAGCGCAGGAGGCGGAGCCAAUAGCAACAUUUCCGUUGCUUCAACUUAUGCAUGGAAUUCGAUAACAACAUGGUAAAUGUUGCAUGGUUGCAAAUUUCUGCAACGUAGAUGUAUCGUAACAGCAACUUGUACGAACUAGCAAUAACAUGGCGUUAUGGUAAACAAAAGACUGUCUGUAUGGCGAUUGAUCUUUGACUAUCUCUAGAAAUUUGAUGAGGAUUCAACUCCAGUUAUCAAUUGCUAUUCAAUUUUCACGUUUCUACUAUUCACAUCGUUUGCUGUAGAAAUGCUUGCAAGUUUAUCGCUCAGUUCUUAAUUCUGCUUUUCCAAUUAAUCAGCACCUUAGCGUGAUAAUGAAAUUCAAAGCAAAUUAUUUCAUUUUGUUUUAUAAACCCACACUUUUCUGCCUAUUUUUGGGUCCAGGUGUUAGAGGUUACUACGCAGUAAAAUAAAAGGUCAUUUGACAGUUAUAUGGCCUACGUUAUUAACUUUAACAGUUUAAAAGUUACAACGCUGAAAUAUUUUCUUCUCUUGCGUUGUUAAGAUAAUAAAAUUUGCAUGAAGCGCUGUAAAGAACAUAGGUAUAUCUUCCAGGGCUCUACAUUUUCGAAACAAAACAAUGAAACUGAAUACCUCGCGCUGUCAUUUCGACUCGAACAGUUUCAUUUUCGUUCGAUUCCUUUCGGCUACAGUCAUCGAAUCAUUUCUUUCUCUCCUUCCCGUCUGUUGUUCAUCGGAUCAUUUCAAAUGAAACUGAUGACUAUUUUAAUUGACGGAGAGAAAGUAUGAAUUUUAGGAAAAAGCUACAACGCAGUAUAUAACCUCAUCUCAGAAACAAAUAUAAGGCGAACGAUCGAGUGAAAGUUGCUGUUGCAUAGCUUGCGAACAUGACAGCAACUUUUAGGAGUAAUGUUUUGUGUGUCUCGCAUGUACCACGUUGGCAACUUGAAUGCUCCGCCCACUAGAUCUAUCCAGUGAAGGUUAGGUUUUCAAAUGCCGAUUACACGUUGAACAACAAAGCCUACACCGCGAAUCAUGUUGUUGGUGUAAAGUUUUUUUUUUAAAGCAACGAUGCAACUUCAGUUGUUGCUUGUAUGGUUACAAUUUCAUCGUAGUAACAAGAGAUGUUUCUUGAAACCUCAAAAUUUCAUUGGUGCAGCAAAUGAUCACAAUUUAUUUUAUUAUUACGUUUCAAUUGUUGCUUUUUCAUUGAAUUCCUUAGCUCAUUUUACACGCCGUAUUAAAUAUUGGUGAAGGUUAAAUUAAUCAGUGGGCUGAAAUUGAUCACCUGAAAAUUUGUGAUAAAAAAUACUAAUCAAAAUAUAUUGCUCUUACAACACUAAGCAAUGUUAACGUGUCCUUAAACACAACUUUUGCAUGAUUCACAUACCUGUCAAAGUUGCAUGCCAGGCGCAAUUUUUUCAUAUUUUCGAAAAAUUCUUCUAACUCAGUCAAAACUCAAUCAAAUUUGAUCGAACAAGUUUCCAAAUAACAAAAAAAGUACUGAAUUUACUUAAAGUAAACUUAGUUGAGGGUUAUUUAUGUUAGAUUUGAAGAAGUGAGUAAAGUUUGAUAAAAGUUCAAAAAAUGUAAUUUUCAACAAUGAUCAUUUCAUACCAUUAAAGAAAUACUGAUGAAUUCGCAGGAAACCACAGAGAUUUUAAUUUCAGAGCCAGUUUCUAAGCUUUUGCAACAAACCGAAUCGAAAUCGGUCUAACGACGAUCAAAUAAGAGCAAAUUUAGCAGCAAGCAGCUCGUGAACCAAAAUAAACAAAUUUUAACCUGAAAUAUUGCGGGGGCCUAGUGUGGUUGGUAACGUCUCCGCCAACCACGAUCGACGCCUGGGUUCGAAUCCCACCGCCGACAUAGGUGUCGAUGGUUGUGAGGUGGCGUGAUCCACUCACAACCAACCCAACUGGUCUAGAUUCAAUCCUAGCCGACACCGGGAGAUUUUCUGAGGCGAAAAAUCUCUGGGAUCACGCCUUCCAUCGCAUGAGGAAGAAAAGCCGUUGGCGCCGGUCCGUUAAUAAACGGGUCGUGAGUUAGGGUCCUGGGUGUGGAGUCGCCUCCCUGGGCGUCGGUGAUUGGCCACAACAGUGGCGGAACUAGACCGACGGAAAAUAAGCGAGGAUAAAAAAACCUGAAAUAUUGUUAUUUUCGUUUCCAAACUAGCUGUAAAUGAUAUUUUUCAGCACAGAAAUCAUUAUUUAUCUUUAGCAUAUCGAAAAAAAGCACGAUGCCAAAAGAAUGUAUGGAUUUCAAUGGUGAUCAAUUUCACUCCAAUUUACCUCAUAGUAUCUUAUAGAAUUAUCGAAUUUAUUCCAUGAAGUAGACGAUAGAGAUUUCACCAAUAGCUAUAGAGGUUUACUGGAACACAUACCAGUACUUGUUUUAAAAUUCUACUAUUUCGGGAAAAAUGUACAUGAAGCUAGUUAAUUGGAAAUUGUUAUAUAAAUUGAUCAAUUUCACCCCGUUCCAUGGUAGGUACUUGGCAAUCAAGCGUUACAGUAGCCAAGCACCUCCAUUGAAAAAGUUACUGUGACUCUUUAAUGGAGACGCCUGGCUACUGUUAUGUUCAAUGAAGACGUAUCUGAAAACCUAAAAAAUGUUGAAAGAUUUCUAUUGCCAAAAUAAAAGAAAAUAGGCCUUGAAAGACCCACUAAUUACUUCCAACUUGAUGGUAAAAAAUUGAAAUUUGGUAAAACGUUCAACAGUAACAAAUUUUUAAAAAUUGUUAAAUUAAAAAGAGUCGAUUUUUUUAUCAUUUUAUUUCAGAAAGACUCACCAUCAAGCACAAAAUUGUGACAGGGCUUUUUUUCAUAUAUUUGCUGAAUGAACAAUAAAAUUUAAAAAACAGUGCGAACAGAAUAGAACAUUGGAAGUUUUACCUGAAUCAUUUUGCUAAUUUGACUGCUGCCAUGUGUGAAUUGUGGAAUUUUAUUCACUUAUUUCAAUGACCUUAUCGUUGAGAUUAUCCACGAGUAACUUAUGAAAAAAGCGGUGUUUUUGCUUAUUAUUCUACUUCUUUUAACUUUGAAUUCUGUAUUUCUUAAACUGCAUUUAUAAGGUUCAUCACCACGUAAAUUAUUGUUUGUAGAAUCAUAUUACCACAUUGAAGCGCAAUUAUUUUUCUUUAGAAAGUUAAAAUACUAGCCGUAAUUUGGAUUAAAAUUGAAGUUUUGCACGUAUGAAUAAAUCUAUUGAAUGAGGAUUCCACUGAAAACUUGUUGGAUUUCUUAAAAAUAAAAAAAGUAUGGUAAUUCCCAAAGAACUGGACAACCCAGCCUAGUCCCAAACAAUUCAAGUAUGAAACAUCAAGUAAAAAUACUAGGUUACAAAAAUAUUUUAUAUAUUUAUUUUUCACCCAAGAAAACUUCAUCUUUCGUGUUGCUUAUAGAGUUCUAUUAGGGGCAAACCGGCUCGGUUUUCCGGCAAAGUUAACGCAGUGGUUUCUUACGUAUUUGUUGUAGAAUUCCACACUGUUGUCAACCCUUUGGGGGGAGUCAUGUCCAAGCAACUAGGCUGAUACUUGACAACUUCCUGAGCAAUCUAGUUGAUUUAAAAUCACCGAUCAAUUGAUUUACUUAUUUACUGUUUUAUUUAAAUCAUGUUCAACUCUGUAGUAUCAACUAAAACUUUAAAAGGACAAUUUCGUCGGUUCAAACUUCAAAUCAUGGCUUUAUUAUUAAAGUACCUGUUUUCCAAGUGAGUAAUGUAGAACUUAAUUGAAUUUGUUAUUUAGGCAAUGUAGUUCAUCAAUGAUUCACUGGCUUGGUAAUUUCAUUAGCAAUCGGAGUAGUUACUAGUUUAUUAUAGAAACAUCAGAUAACCUGUUUGUAUGAAUUAAUUUGAUAAAGAAAACCUUCUUAUUUCCCAUACGCUCCAUAAUGUAUCACUUCCGAACACCCAUGAGCUUAGUGAUUAUAUAGCAUUUAUUAGUAGGGAGUAGUUUCGAAGAACUCGUUCGUGGAUGCGGGAUGAUUGAAGGUAAAACGACAGCCCAGAGCACAACUAAAUACAGCCAGAUCUUUUCACCAUGCGAAUGUGCUCAAUUUUAUUCUCGUGUACCUCAGGAUUAAUCGAUGAAUUUGAACUUUAAACUUAUGUUGCUCAUUAAACUCAUCUCCGACAUCUUAUCUAGUUUAACAUCAAAUACAUUCCACAACAUCAGGCGUUUCAGAACAGAAAAAAUGUAUUGUUGCAACGAAACUUGCCCUCUAAUUGCGAAUCUGUCAAAGUUACAUUAGUUUUUGAAAAUAUGCUACUCGAUUAAUGUUAUUCAAACACAGAAUAACGAAAUGUUAAACUCCUGUCUGUCACCCACAAUUCGGAUACUAGCCAGGUGGUAACCUUUUUGAAAGAUUUACUUUUCCAAAGUGACAUCAUACUCUCACUAAAUGACCAAUCAAUCGGAACAGCAGGACAAAUCGAUGCCAAACUACUGCUACGAGUAUCAGAAUCAAAACCAAGCAAAGCUAAACAAGUGCUGUGUAAUCCGCUAAAAAACAAGUACCGCGACCAAAAGCUGGUUAAGCUACACCCGAGGCUCGAUACGUUAUUCGAUCAACCAAGCGAGGAUUGAUUCAGCACGAACGGUUAUAUUAGUAAUCAAAAUUAUUUUAAGUAAAGUUUGUAGAUAAAAUUUUAUACUAUAAAAAUAUAUACAAUCGUUUCAAACUGUGUACAGCAUGAAGGAUAAAAAAAUCUUGUUUCAUCUUAUUAGUCCUGAAAUUUAUUCUUUUCGAAAACUGUUUGUGUUCAAUCAAUUUCUUGUCAAGCCUACAUGAAGCUUUUCAAACAAAUGUGUGCCAAACUAUUGAAACUUCCUUAUAAAAUUAACUUCCUGUAAUUAGAAAAAAAACUCCGUGAGUAGCUCUAAAACCUGUUAAAUUUUUAGAUAAUUAUUUUUCGAGUCCAAUGAUUGAUUUUCUGUGAAUAGAAUAGCUUUUAUGUACGACGAUCAAUUUAACAAUGUGACAAAUUUAAACAAUACCUGUAUUUGCUAGGAUUUUGUAUCUGUGUAUAAAGACUGAAUUUUCAUUGAUACAUCUUAAACUAAAAAGCAACGGAGUAGAAGACAAAACAGAAAAACAAAACAAUAUUAUUGAAAAAAUUAAAAAAAAAACAGUGGAACAUAAAGAAAAGACAUAAAACGGUACGGUUCAAACGUCAAAUGUUGAAGACAACAACAAUCGGCUAUGAGAUGGAUGGAAGUUAUUACACUAAGCGGUAAAAGAACCCGGGUAAAGCAGUAUGUGUGUAUACCAAUCAAAUUUACAAAAUGGCCGACAACUAUAUGGCCUCACCUAGUCAGCAAAUAUGCAAACAAGGGUUUAAUGAUAUUUUUAACGAUUGAUAGUUUGUAACGUUAACUAGUUAAAUAUUAAACAUCCUGUUUUACCCGCAGCUUUUGCGACGUAUAAGCAAAUUUUGUUACAUUUGACGUUUAUUCGAAACAGUUAAUGCGAUUAGUUGAGCAACACAAUGCUACACAUUCCGCAAUACAACUGUUUGGUUACAGUGAAUUACAAAUCAGGAAUUUAAUUAAUAAUGAAUAAAUUAUGCAAAGAAAAAAAGAAACAAACAGAAACCUAUUAAACGCUAGUCACUACAAAAUGUAAUAGAUACAAUUUAUAAAUUAAAUCAUCAACGAACUGUACGAAUUUAAUGAUACACAAAACCAUAAACACUAAAUGCAAAAAGUAUUGUUUCCCGUAAAACUUUUGUACAACAUGAAUAACGAAGCAAACCACAUUCAACACAAAAAGAAGCUUAACAGAUUCAAAACUUUGCAAGCAAAGUUGCUCGACAAACCAGUAACGGCGAGUUAUUCAAUAACGAUACAGUGUUUAUGAGGCAAAUAAUACUUUGUGAUAUGUGUAAUCAAAUUACUAUUAGAUACAGUUACAUGAGUCACAUAAAAAUAACCAACGUAAGAAACAGUUAGCGCAAAAUUAGCAAACAAACCAGUUUUAUUCAAAUAAUCGAAUUUGUUUUCAUUACAACGUUAAUCAACAAAAGAUAACACAUUUCCCAACGAUGUCGAAGUCAAGUGUAGUAGAGAACAUUCCAUUAGCAAUGCACCCUUAAUAGUACGCACACACACACAAAAUUCCAAACAUAACCAACCCAAACACAAAUUCUACACACAAAAUCACAGUAACAUACACACAGUACAGCAGCAACGUUUCGGCAUAUAUUUUUCGGCCAAUUUGUAAACAGAAGAAAAAAAAAAGGAACAAACGAACAAAACGGAAACAGAAAAGAGUUCAAAAUUGACGCCAAAAUUAACUGACAUGAGAAAUCAACACAAAGAACAGCAAAUACAACAAACUGCCCUUUUUGAAUAAAUACAAUUUUAAUAGCACAGAAAAUCUCAUUGAUAGGAGCAGAGCUAGAGCAAAAUCAAUUGCAUUCAUCUAGAAUAUUGAAAGGACGAGAAAACAACAAAAAUAAAAUGAACUAUACUACAGAUAAGCGAAUCAAUAGAAUGAGAUGUAUUAAAUAUGUCACCGGCAUUACUAACUGAACAAAGCAAAUGAAAAAAAAAUAGUGCAAUAACGUGUCAAGAACGAAGAGAAGAUCAAAUUGAUUACACAGACUAAUGACAACGGACAAAAGCGGCAAAAGUGUGGAGCGUGAUGAUAGUUAGACCUUGUACAGUUGUGCUAAACAGCCAAACCAAAUGUAAACAAAUGGUAAAACGAAAACAAAAUGUUAAUGAAUGAAAAAAAAACAAAUGUACUAUUUAUAUUUAAUAUGAGUAUAGAGAAUGUGAAUAACGCAGAAAAAGUGUUGAGUAAUUGGAUUGUUAAGUUGAUGCCAAAGGCUAAGCAACAACAAGUGAAGGUAUUCAUGUGUUGGUCAUAACAAUCGUUACUCGAAGACUAGAGAUGAAAUAAACUGAAAUUGCUACACUG